GAAAUGCGAAUAUGUCUUUAAAACACGUCUCUAACCAGACUAGAGAGCCCCGCCUCGGGGCAGAGAUCAAACGGACGCGCGGGCUUUCUAGAACGCCCACGUGCACAUCAAACGACCCCCUUAGAACGCCCGUUUCGCCUCCGCCUCCUCACUUUCCCUGUCUCCAUGGCAAUCCCGGCCCCGCCCCGCCGGGUAUAAAUAUUUACCAGUUUCCCCUCUCCCCCGCCCCUUUCCCUGCCUUCACGCGAGGCUCCCGCGUCUCCGGGCCUCGUGCUGCUGCGGCGACGCCUCGCACGGCCGGCGCGCUGAGAUUGCCCGGCGGGCGGAUGGACCAGUGGGCAGAACGGCGGCUGGGCGAGAUGUGGCCGAGGCGGAGCAGCUUGGGGAAGGGGCAGGAAGCGAGUUCCCGCGGGGUCGCCGAAUCUCUGCCUCAGAAAUUGCCCAGAGAAGUCCUCACGGAGGCCCGUGGAGAUCAUCCCCAGCUGAAUAGAUCGUUAUCCUGCGGGAAAAAUCUUGGGUGUUUUCCGCAUCGCCCUGUUUCAGAGAGCAGCGAAGGGAAGAGCGAUGCAGAUAUGAAAAAGUUGGAGGAUGAUGAUUGCGACCGAGUACCUGCAGCAGAAACUUCUCUCUUAAACAAGCUGAUUAGAAAAUCUUUAGUGGAGUCCUACCAUCACGUAGAGGUUUUACAGCGUGAUCCCAGCUCACCGCUGUUUUCCGUGAAAACCUUUGAGGAACUGCAUUUGAAAGAUGAACUCUUGCAAGGCAUCUAUGCCAUGGGCUUUAACAGACCUUCCAAGAUUCAAGAAACGGCACUUCCAAUGAUGUUAGCUGACCCACCCCAAAAUCUUAUAGCACAAAGUCAGUCGGGGACAGGCAAAACAGCUGCUUUUGUUCUGGCUAUGCUGAGCAGAGUGAACCCACAGGACAGAUUUCCACAGUGUCUCUGCUUGUCUCCCACCUUCGAGCUGGCAUUGCAAACGGGGCGAGUGAUUGAGAAGAUGGGAAAGUUUUGCGUCAACAUAAAGGUUGCGUUUGCCAUUCGAGGGAACAGACUUCCAAGAGGGACUGUAGUGGAAGAACAGAUAGUAAUUGGAACCCCAGGCACCCUGCUAGAUUGGUGUUUCAAGCUAAACCUUUUGAAUCCAAAGAAGAUCAAAGUAUGUGUGCUGGAUGAAGCAGAUGUCAUGAUCGACAAACAGAAUUACUCAGACCAGAGUGUCCGAAUUCAGAGAGCUUUAGACCCCGGUUGUCAGAUGCUUCUCUUUUCCGCCACCUUUGAAGACCCUGUGCUGCUCUUUGCCCAGCGCAUCGUCCCCGAACCCAACGUUAUUAAGCUCCGCCGAGAGGAGCUGACCCUGAACAAUAUCAGGCAGUACUACUUUGAGUGUGAGAACAAGGAGGACAAAUAUAAAGCCCUGUGCAAUAUCUAUGGCAGCAUCACAGUCGGCCAAGCAAUCAUCUUUUGUCAGACGCGUAAAAAUGCCAAAUGGCUUCACUGGGCUCUGUCGAAUGAUGGGCACCAAGUAUCCCUGUUGAGUGGGGAGCUCUCUGUCGAAGAGCGUGCAGACGUGAUCCAGAAGUUUCGCGAUGGGAAAGAUAAAGUCCUCAUCACAACCAACGUCUGCGCCAGAGGCAUCGACGUGAAGCAGGUCACGAUCGUUGUCAACUUUAGCCUGCCUACAACCACGCCCUGGCUGCCGGACUACGAGACCUACCUGCACCGCAUAGGCCGAGCAGGUCGCUUUGGAAAGAAGGGUCUGGCCUUCAAUAUGGUCGAAAGGCAUAAUCUACCGCUUGUCUAUGCAAUUCAAGACCAUUUCAAGACUACCAUCAAGUGCCUCGAUCCAGAGGAUAUGGAAGCACUGGAAAAAAUAGACGACUGAAUUCUUCUACGGCUUGAAGGGGAAAUGGUGGCUUUCCGGAAUACGGCUGGGCUCAGUCUCCCAAUUUUCCCUAGCCUGCAUGGCCAGGAGCAAGGGAUGGUGGGAGUUGGAGUCGAGUACGUUUGGAGGGCCCCGGGUUACCCAUCCUAGAGAGUUCUGUAAUGUUAAACCAUUUUUCAGACGAUGCUGAUAUUUUGUCAGAAUAAUAAUAAUAAUAAUUAAAAAACAAAACUCA